GGAUUGGCUGCUUGAUAUCUGGGAACAUUAGAACGUCUGUUACUCGUUACCAGGAACAGACGGUUGAAAAUUUAAUUUAAAAUGUUAUUGAUAAUUAAUCACACGUGGUCAUAAAACCUUUAUGUGGGCUUCCAUUAAUUAAAAAUUAAAUUAAUAAGUGUAGUAAAAUUAUUUUUAAACAUUUUUACGUAAUAUCAUAUAAAUAUGGAAACAAUUGUUUCUUCCUUUCAUAGUUCGCAUUUCAAAAACCUUGAAGAAGUAAAAAACAAUCAUUACAUGAAUACCUGUUUUGAUAAUGACGAUGAAAAAGAAUUACCAGCUGCAGAAAAGUCUUUGUUACAAAAAAUAGUUCGGACAGGACUUAUUACAUCAAAAUAUGAUAUUGAAAUUCAAAGACGAAAUCCAAAUUCGCCUUUAUAUUCUGUUAAAUCAUUUGAACUUCUCAAACUGCAUCCAAAUUUGUUAAAAGGAGUUUAUGAAAUGGGAUACAAUGCACCUUCUAAAAUUCAAGAAACGGCACUGCCAUUACUUUUGGCUAAUCCUCCACAAAAUUUAAUUGCUCAGUCACAAUCUGGUACAGGAAAAACUGCUGCUUUUGUUUUAGCUAUGUUAAGUCGAGUGAACCCAGAUUUACAGUAUCCACAGGUAAUAUGUUUAUCUCCUACAUAUGAAUUAGCCAUUCAAACUGGUGAAGUUGCAGCUAGAAUGUCAACUUACUGUCCCAAUAUUAAGUUAAGAUAUGCUGUCCGGGGUGAAGAUGUUGUCAUGGGUUCAAAAUUAGAAGAACAAAUAAUCGUUGGUACUCCUGGUAAAGUUUUAGAUUGGGUCACAAAGUAUAAAUUUUUUGAUCCUAAGAAAAUUAAUGUAUUUGUUUUGGAUGAAGCUGAUAUUAUGGUGGAUACUCAAGGUCACCAAGAUCAGAGUUUCCGUAUAAGAAAACUAUUACCUAAUACAUGUCAAAUGAUGUUUUUCUCAGCUACCUAUGGUGAAGAUGUGAUGAGUUUUGCUAAUGCAAUUGCACCACUAUCUGUUAUUAUUAGAUUAAAAAGAGAAGAAGAAACCCUUGAUAAUAUUAGUCAAUAUUAUGUCACUUGUAGUACAAAAGAAGAUAAAUAUAAUGCGUUAGUAAAUAUUUAUGGCGGUAUUACCAUUGGACAGGCCAUGAUUUUUUGCCAUACAAAAAAAAUGGCGCUUUGGUUAGUUAAACAAAUGAGUGAACAAGGACAUGCAGUGUCAUUACUAUCUGGAGAACUCACUGUUCAACAAAGAAUAAGCGUUUUGGACAGAUUCCGUGAAGGCAAAGAAAAAGUACUAAUUACAACCAAUGUAAUGUCUAGAGGUAUUGAUAUUGAACAAGUGACAAUUGUUAUAAAUUUUGAUUUACCACUCACUGUAAGUCGACAACCAGAUUUUGAAACAUAUUUACAUAGAAUUGGCCGAACUGGGCGUUUUGGAAAAAAAGGUAUAGCAAUUAAUCUAAUAACUGGUGAAACAGAUUUGAGAUUACUAAGACUUAUAGAAGAGCAUUUUUCUAAAACAAUAAAAUGUUUAAACACUGAAAAUGUUGAUGACAUGGAAAAGCUUGGUGCAGAUGAAUAAUAGAAUAAAAAACUGAAUAUUUUUUUAUACUACUGAAAAAUUUUAAAGUUAAUUUGCAUUCUAAAUUUUAUAACCUGAGAAAAUAUUGUUAAUUUAUUAUUUUCUUUUAAUUUUCUUGAUGUUUAUAUUCUAGAGAUGAAUGUUACACACUUACUUGAUUUUUUUUUAACAAUUAAUGAAUAUUUCACAAUAUUGCAUUUAGGUAAUAUUAAAAUCAUAAUUCUUAGUGUUAUUUUUAUUUCAAACUAUGCUUAAUUAGUCUCUAGUAUUAAGUGAUACUUGUUAUGGAUUGUUUGUAACUCUGAU